AUGGUCAAGAAUCGGAAGAGGAAGGCGGCAGAGCCUUCAGAAGCCAAAGACAAGGUAAGCACCGCCGAAUUGGAAGCCAUCGUCUUUGGGGGUGCAAGCUUCCAAGGUGAAGAGAAGUCGGAGCAGGCGAAGGAGGCGAAGGAGGCGAAGGAGGACGUGGAAGAAGCUCCUGAAACAGGAGCCAGAAGAGCAGCUUGGGUUGAUCCUGAUGAUGCGGAUCUUGAAGUGCCUCUUGUCGGACGGCGCGGGCGACUGCGUCACAAAGCCACCCAUGUGACGGGCGAGGAGUAUGAACAGCUGCUACGGCAGCAAUUCACCAAGCUCAACGGUGUGGCGCGUUGGACGGAGAAGCAGCCGACCAAGGAGCUUUCAGAUUCAGAGGAGGAGGAGGAGGAGUUCGAAGCGAUUGCCUCGAGCAUGCCGGCGGUGGCCAGAGGAGGCUUUCAUUCAAACGGAUUGAUCUCCAACGACUCCCAGAGCUACCACUGCUGGCAAAUGGUCAGAGGAAAGGUUCUUCGGCCAUCGAGGCCUUGCAGUUCCACCCCAACUCUGAAUUGCUCCUCACCGGCGGCCGCGAUAAAACGCUGCGACUCUUUGCGGUCGAUGGCGAUGAGAAUCCGAAGGUGGCGUCGUACUUCUUCAAACAGUUUCCAAUUCUCUGUGCGACCUUUACGCCCACCGGUGAUCAGAUCCUCAUGUCAAGUACCACUAGUCAGAUGUGGGGCUUGGAUGUGA